AGAACAAAACAUAUACAUAUACAUCAUGAUGCAAACGAAUCAGUAGAACAAAACAUAUACAUAUACAUACAUACACGUACACUAUACACUUAAAUACUACACAUAUAUAUAAUACGACGGUAACAUAUUUUCAUUUAGUAGUAAUCAUGUCCAUCGCAGCACUUUCACACAAACGGGCUUUUGACUGGGAUCAGUCCAGGGAAAACCAUGCCUAUUCGCCGUGCAGAAUAGAGAAGAAGGUAAAGCUUUCGGGCGAUCAGACGGCAAAUAGUUAUAAUAACAACAGGGUCAAUAACGAGUACAGUCCCAGCGAUACAUGCUUUAAAACACAGAGCCCUCAAGUCAAUGUGGAAAGGAUACACGGAAAACAUACAAAGAACAGAAGAUUACGGCACGCUGGUUCAGACAACAUAUCGGAGCUAGCGACAGAGACGUCUCAGAGACGACCCACAUCGCCCAGAUCAAGUAAUGAAGUAAUGUAUACGAUCGACCAAGUUAAAAGCAUUGUUUCGAAGGCUCUGGAAGAACGUGAGGUACAACUGCGAGCGCAAUACGACAACAUCCUUCAAGAAAAACUGCUCGAGCAAUUCAACGAGUUCUCGCGAUUCAACCAGGAUAACAUACACAAGAUAUUGUCGGAGUCGACCUAUUCAUACAUGUGCUAGAUUGCACCACCUCCAGAAGUAUCACUUCAGUUGAUAAAUACUCCCUGAAGAUAAAAUGGGCGAGGUAUUGAAUCCGUGUCCUCAUACGUUGCCUCUGCUUCCCAAGACUCAAAAAAAUGCAAACGCAGUAGACUAUUAAUCCUGCACUUGCGAGAAAAAUAAAUAGUUUCGGUAUUUUCAGCCUGAGCCUUAAGCCGUGCGCCUUCUUC